CUGAUAUGGUAGAUACUGUUACGUGUUCUCCAAGCGAAAGCCAAGUAAGCCCCACUCUUUUCUUAUUCGUAUUUGUUUAUUUUUUCUCUCAGUCUCUCUUUUUCUAUCACUUUCUCGAACCAAAAAAAAAGCUGAGCAGUUAAACCCCAGAAAUCUUUACCGGCGGGAAGUGAGAAUUUUGGACGGCGAAUCGGUCAGGGAGAGAGAGAUAAGAGGUGGGUUUUUGGAAGGGAUUCGAGGUGGUAGUGUUUUGAUGGGAAGUGAUUGUUAGGGUUCUUUGUUUUAUGGGACUUACUCAAAAUGCGCAAGUCUUUCAAGGAUUCGCUUAAGGCUCUCGAAGCUGAUAUUCAGUUGGCCAAUACCCUGGCCUCUGAUUACCCAAGGGAGUAUGAUGGUGCCUGCCUCCAAAUGAGAUUGUCAUACGGUCCGGCAGCUCAAUUUUUUCUAUUUCUUGUUCAGUGGACUGAUUGUCACCUUGCUGGUGCCUUAGGUUUGCUUAGGAUUCUUAUAUACAAGGCAUAUGAGGACGGGAAGACUACCAUGUGUAUUCAUGAAAGGAAAGCUAGUCUAAAAGAGUUUUACAGUGUCAUAUUUCCCUCCUUGUUGCAACUGCAAAGGGGAAUCACAGAAGUAGAAGAAAGGAAACAGAAAGACAUAUGUGCGACAAAGUACAAGAGAAAAGACGAGUUUGAUAAAGGAAAGCUCUCUGAAAUUGAGUUAGAAAGAGAAGAAGAAUGUGAUAUUUGUAUGGAGAUGAACAGCAAGGUUGUGUUGCCCAAUUGCAAUCAUUCAAUGUGUAUAAAGUGCUACCAAAAUUGGCGUACUCGGUCGCAAUCUUGCCCGUUCUGCCGAGACAGCCUCAAAAGAGUAAAUUCAGGUGAUCUUUGGAUCUACACCAGCAGCGCUGACAUUGUUGAUUUGUCUGCAAUCACUAGAGAGAAUUUGAAGAGGCUCUUCAUGUACAUUGAUAAAUUGCCAUUCAUUGUUCCUGACCCAGCCUUUGUUUCAUAUGACCCUCUACGUUGAUUGCAGGACUACCAAGAUUUUUAUGUUAGCAUCCUCAUUAUCAAUUUAGGGCUUGUUUUCAGGAGAUAAAAACGAUUUGUAAGUAACACUUUGGUUGGUUGAUUUUGUACAAUUCUUGAACCUUUCAAGUGCUCUGAUUUAAAAAUGUAAAUGUGUUUGAUUCUCAGAUUUUCUCAUUUAAUACAAAAUUCCAUUGUCUUGGUUCGCUUGUUC